AGUACUCGCGAAUAUGAAGAUUAUUUUGUUAUUAUUUGUGGUAAUAGUUGGUUGUUGUGCGACAAGAUUAUUAUCGGAAGAUGAUCUUCACAGUCUGUUUGUAAAGCUACUCAACAAUGAAUACAACACAUCUGACUUGAAAUCGGUUCAAGACCUUAUUGAACUAUUGUAUUUACCAACGGACGAGGGAGCGGAAUACCUUCAAAAGUCCAAUUCUAGGUUGUCCAUAACCUGUAUUGCGUGCCGAAGUGCCUUCAGAGCAUUGAAGGAUUUGGUCGAGGGUGGAAACACAGACGAAGAGAUUAUAAAUGGUGUUUAUGUGAUAUGUGAGGGCUUGUCCAUCGUGUCACCCAGGGUCUGCCAUGGAACUUUACUUUUGAAUGUGCCGAUAUUGACAUAUAUUAUAAAGACGACGCCCGAAGCUGUACCAAGUACAUUCUGUGGUGUUUUCUUCCAAAAUGUUGACAAAGCGAGUACGUGUACUUUUGAGGACAAUCGAUUCGAGUGGGAAGUGGAACUGCCUCCACCAAGCGAUAUUCCAAUCAUAAACAGCGCAAACGAACCAUUAACCAUUGCUUUAAUAUCGGACGCUCAUAUCGACCCUUUGUACGAACCAAAUGGGGUCGCUGUUUGCUCAGACCCGACUUGCUGCAGGAAGGGUCAAACUGCGACAAAUACACUCAAAAAUAACCCAGAAAUAGAAGAAAAAAUAGUUGUCAGCAGCCUAAAGGAACUUAAUGGUGAAAAAGUGAUAGAUCUAGAUGUCGGAGAAGCACUGAGAUUAAUUAGAAACACCUCAUCCAAGAAUGCUGAUAGUCAACCUCCAGCUGGAUAUUGGGGUGAUUAUCGGAACUGUGAUUCACCGAUUUGGGCAUAUGAAGACGCCAUCGACAGAAUUGCUUCUACUCACAAGGACAUCGACGCCAUUUAUUAUUUGGGUGAUACAAUUGACCACCACAUUUGGGAGACUACAUACGAAUUAAUAAACGAAGUUAAUUUCGAUCUCGUAGAUAUUAUAAGAAAGAAAUUCGGUGAUGUUCCUGUUAUUCCCGUCAUUGGAAACCACGAGUCACAACCAACCAAUCAAUUUGCUCCAAUACAUGUGACCGGGCAAUACCUGAACACGACAUGGCUUUACGACGCAUUGGCUAUGAAAUGGGACUUCUAUCUGAGUGACGAGGCGAAGGAAUCAGUUCGAAUUCGAGGCGGAUUUUCACAAUUGCUACGGCCCGGCCUGCGAGUUAUUUCUUUAAACAACAACGUAGCAUACAGGCAUAACUGGUGGCUAGUGUAUGACCCCUUAGAUGCUAAAACCCACUUGGACUGGCUCGUGAGUGAACUGCACAAGGCCGAGCAAGCCGGAGAGAAGGUCCACAUUCUGACGCACAUCUCUCCCGGGACUCAUGACCUUAUUUACACGUGGACGAGAGAGUAUAAUAGGAUUGUCAAUAGAUUUGCGUCUACUAUAGCGGCUGAAUUCAAUGGACACACACAUUCGGACGAAUUUAAAAUAUUUUACAGCGGCCAAGACCGUGAAACGCCUGUCAGUAUAGCGUGGGGGGCUGGCAGUCUUACUGCAUACACCAACUAUAACCCAAAUUACAAAAUCGCCAGAUUUGAUUCCACUACUUAUGAACCUACAAACAUUAUCAACUAUAUUUACAAUUUGACUGAAGCAAACUUAACACCGAAUAGACGUCCACAUUGGUUCGAGCUCUAUGACGUGAAAAAUACAUUCGGUAUUCAAGAUUUGAAACCCGCCACAAUGAGCAACUUAGUGUAUUCUAUGGUGACAGAUCAAAGACCCCUAUUGGAUCUUUACUCAGCGUUCUUUUCAAAACUAAGCGAUACAAGAUGGCCAUAUUGCAAUGACUAUUGUAAAAUUGAUAAUUUGUGUAAAGUUGUAGUUACGGUACUAUGGGAACGUGAAAGGUGUGAGGAACUGCGGAGUCUAUUGUUUCCUUAAAUAAAACUUAUCAGUAUUCA